AUGGCGAACGCGGCGUCCGGCGUGGCGGUGGCGGAGGAGUGCGUGUCCCGGUUCCAGGAGCUGCACGCCGGCCGCGCGCACCGCUUCGUGGUGUUCAAGGUCGACGACGCGCUGCAGCGUGUGGUGGUGGACAAGGUGGGCGCCCGCGCCGCCGGCUUCGGCGACCUCACCUCCAACCUCCCCGCCGAUGACUGCCGCUACGCCGUCUACGACUACGACUUCACCGUCGAGGACGCCACCGAGGCGGCGGGCGUGAGGAGCAAGAUGGUGUACGCCAGCUCCUGCGAGGGGUUCCGGAAGGAGCUGGACGGCGUGCAGGCAAAUGCAAGAUCGGGUGUCGCUGUGAAUGACGAGUGCAUGCUGAAGUUCGGCGAGCUGCAGUCGAAGAGGCUGCACCGCUUCAUAACUUACAAGAUGGACGACAAGUUCAAGGAGAUAGUUGUGGACCAGGUUGGGGAUCGCACUACCAGCUACGAGGACUUCACAAACAGCCUCCCUGAGAAUGACUGCCGAUACGCAAUCUAUGAUUUCGACUUUGUGACUGCAGAGGAUGUCCAGAAGAGCAGGAUCUUCUAUAUCCUAUGGUCCCCAGACUCUGCAAAGGUGAAGAGCAAGAUGCUUUACGCAAGCUCGAACCAGAAGUUCAAGAGUGGGCUCAAUGGCAUUCAGGUGGAGCUCCAGGCUACAGAUGCAAGUGAAAUCAGCAUUGAUCAGAUCAAGGAUCGGGCACGCUAG